AUGGAGAAAGAGUUCACAUAUGAAGACUAUCAGAGCACUGCAGAAUGGCUUCUGUCCCACACCGAGCACCGACCUCAAGUGGCAGUGAUCUGUGGCUCUGGGUUAGGAGGUCUGGCUGAUAAAGUAACUCAGGCCCAGGCCUUUGAAUACAGUGAGAUACCCAACUUUCCUCAAAGCACAGUACCAGGUCACUCUGGACGACUUGUGUUUGGGUUCCUGAAUGGCCGAGCCUGUGUGGUGAUGCAGGGCAGAUUCCACUUUUAUGAAGGCUACCCACUCUGGAAGGUAACAUUCCCAGUGAGGGUUUUCCGGCUUAUGGGUAUGGACACCCUAGUGGUCACCAAUGCAGCUGGAGGGCUUAACCCUAAGUUUGAGGUUGGAGAUGUCAUGCUGAUCCGUGAUCAUAUCAACAUGCUUGGUUUCUCUGGCCAGAACCCUCUCAGAGGCCCCAAUGAUGAAAGGUUUGGCCCUCGUUUUCCUGCCAUGUCUGAUGCUUAUGACCACAAUCUGAGGCAGAAGGAUCACUGGGCCUGGAAACAAAUGGGGGAGCAGCGAGAGCUACAGGAAGGCACCUAUGUGAUGAUGGCAGACCCCAACUUUCAAACCCGUUCAGAGUGUCUUCUGCUGCUGAACCUGGGGGCUGAUGUUGUCGGCAUGAGCACAGUACCAGAAGUUAUAGUUGCACGGCACUGUGGACUUCGAGUUUUUGGCUUCUCUCUCAUCACUGACAAGUUUAAUAUGAAUCCUGAAAGCUCAGAGAAGACUACUCAUGAGAAAGUACUGGAAUCCACGAAGAAAGCUGCACAGAAAUUGGAACAGUUUGUCUCCAUUCUUAUGGCUAACAUUCCACCCUCUGACAAGGCCAUUUGA